GCGUUGCGGAAGCGGGCCGCUAGCCAAUAGCUGGGCCGCUUUGGCACAUGGGUUCUGCGCAGGCGCGGUGGGGCCACCUGGGUCUCACGCGGAGGUCAGGGUUGUAGAGGGAGGCGAGAUAAGAAAGUGUGACGCUUCUUGGAACAGAGGAAGAGGGCUGUAGCAGACCCAAUGGCUGCCAAGUUGUUUGAGACUGUUGGUAAACUCGGCCUGGGCCUGGCUAUUGCCGGUGGUGUGGUCAACUCUGCUCUUUAUAAUGUGGAUGCAGGGCUACAGGGUCAUCUUUGGACCGAUUCAUGCUCAGGAUAUAGUGGUGAGGGGACCCACUUCCUCAUUCCCUGGGUGCAGAGGCCUAUCAUCUUUGACUGUCGCUCUCGUCCCCGCAAUGUUCCCGUCAUCACAGGCAGCAAAGAUCUACAGAACGUGAACAUCACGCUGCGGAUCCUGUUCAGGCCGGUGGCCACGCAGCUUCCCCGGAUUUACACCAGCAUCGGAGAAGAUUAUGAUGAGCGAGUGUUGCCUUCCAUUACAACCGAGAUCCUCAAGUCUGUCGUGGCUCGUUUUGACGCUGGAGAGCUGAUCACCCAGAGAGAGCUGGUGUCCAGACAAGUGAGUGAAGAUCUCACGGAAAGAGCAGCGACAUUCGGCCUCAUCCUAGAUGAUGUUUCCUUGACACAUCUGACCUUUGGGAAGGAGUUCACAGAAGCUGUAGAAAUGAAACAGGUUGCCCAGCAAGAAGCGGAACGGGCCAGGUUCUUAGUGGAGAAGGCGGAGCAGCAGAAGAAGGCAGCCGUCAUCUCAGCCGAGGGGGAUUCGAAGGCGGCGGAGCUGAUCGCCAACUCACUGGCCACCGCAGGCGACGGCCUUAUUGAAUUGCGCAAGCUCGAGGCGGCUGAGGACAUCGCUUACCAGCUCUCGCGAUCCCGCAACAUCACCUACCUGCCUUCGGGACAUUCGAUGCUCCUCCAGCUACCCCAAUAAGGGGCCUCUGUCCCCACCCCUUUUUUCUACUAUCCCUUAGAAAGUAAGAUUCGCCAUGAGUAAUCACGGAAGUUUCUCAAUUUGAGGUUGAUGAAAAAAAUAUAAAAUAGAAAUUGGGUUGAAAGUCCAUUAAUUUAAUAAAGGAAAUCAAUCUGCCUCUCUUUCUCCCCCUUCAUGGAAUAUCACUUAACUGAUCAAUACCCAGGACAAAGGCCAUAAAGGACUGGGAUGGAGUGGGUGGGGUAUCAUUUGCCAUAAGGGAUGCUACCAAACAGAGGCCUAUUCGAGCAAGACUUUGUAAAUCCAGUUCCAUUAAAGACAGUUGAACUAGGGUUUAUGUUCUCCAGCACUGGGUAAUCUCCAGUCCGCGGCGGUUUUUGAAAGCUGCUCCCUAAGCCAAUAUCACCCCUUUCCAGCCAAAUUCACCAUCAUACCUGUGUGUCUCUUGACAGCACAAGAUGUCCUUUGCAAAGUUUCUGGCUCUAAUUGUGGUGCCCUCUUUGACCAACAGCAGGACUGGUAGUUAAUAUCAUAUUUAGCUCUGUGUAGAGAACAUGGGUGAGAUUAGGGCAGAUCUACAUGUGGAAUUCUUGCUUUGCUUUUUCUUUCACACAAGUCUCUCUUUCCUCUGGGACAAACUUCUGUGACUCGCCGACCUUACCGGAAAAGACUGAUCUCUGAUUUGGAAGUCUGAAGUUUCUGGUCUUAAGAGGGGUACAGGAGGCUUAUUCUUUUGGUAAUCUGACGCCAGCAGCGUUGAGGAGGCUUUUAAAAAAAACCUUUAAAAGAGGUUCACUUAGUAAUGAAGAUAUGAAAAACAGAUUGUAUUAACCAGCCUUUAAUAAAUGAACGAAUAAAACAC